AUGGGACAGGGGCAAGAGGUCAAGACCAGACCUGAACCCCACGUUGAAAUUCAGGAAAGAGGGGAAAUAUAUUUCUUCUAUAGGCCAAAAGUUGACAAAGAAGAAGCUCACAGUGCAGACGAUGUGCAACGUUUCUAUAUUGUGCUGCGGCCGGAGUCCGGCGAGAGGGCCGUCGAAGAAAAGCAAGACUCAGAUUCAGGCAAGGAAGGUGCAAAGAAGGGGACCCACAAAACUGGCUCCGGCACGAGUGGAAAUGAAGGUGGACAUAGCAGCCAGGAAGUAAACAUUGAGAAGCAACCCUUGUUUCGGUUCAUCGUCAUGGGCCGGAAAAGCCUACCGGAUCCGAGCAAGAGAACCCGACCCUACUGGGGUUUUGUGGAGAUGGCCACCACCAAUAUAGAAGAUGUGAAGAAUGCUCUCAAAGGAGAUGAAUAUGAUACUUCAACUAAGGGACACCGCCGGAAUGCUCCGGCGAGAGCAGUGGGGGAAGGCAUUUACCGGAUUCUGAGGCACAAGCCGCCGUCCAAGAAAACCCACACCCAUUUGGUCUAUAAGCUUGAAUUUCCACCGGAAGAUGAGAGGAUGGAAGCCCAGGAGGCGCUUAACAUUGAACACGAAGGCUCUUUUCUGAUACAAAUAAAGAACCCGGAUCAGCAUGGCAGUAGUUCCCAGUUCAAAGGUCUACAGAACAAGCGGAAGGCCACUUUUCCGGCACACCUGCAAGGGCAGUUUGGACAACUACGCUACUCCCCUGCCGAUCCGCCGGACUAUUUGAACUACGAAGGAUGUGAGUUGUUGCUCAUAUCAGCUUCGGAUGACAUAGAAAAUGAGUUGGGUUUGGAGCUGAAGACAGAUCCAUCUUGUUCUGAUUUGGUCAACACUUUUGGAGAGACUGUUUCUACUAGUGCCCUUUUCGAAGGCACAUGGGUUUGAACUUUGAAUUGAAUUGAUCGAAUUUCCCCCUGCUAGGGCACCCUUUUGGUAGCUGUUUGUGAAUUAAUGAAUAGUUGGUUUGUGUGGUGAACUUGUGAUAUAUGAUGUGA